AUGGCCGUCUCAGGCUUCGUAACUCCAGAGUUCCAACAAGUGCUCAGUGCCUUUGCCGAAGGACAGAAGAACGAUGCAGGCGGCGCUCAACUGGCAGUCUAUCACAAAGGCGUCAAAGUAGUCGACAUCUGGACCGGCAACGACCCGGUUCGCCAGCGCCCUUUUGACGGCGAGGGCUAUGUUAUGUUCAUGUCAUCAACUAAGGGCCUGACGGCGAUCGCGGCACAUGUGCUCGUCCAGCGUGGACUGCUCGAUAUCAAUGCGCCUGUUAGCAAGUACUGGCCCGAAUUCGCUCAGAACGGAAAGGAGAACAUUACGGUUAGCAUGCUCCUCUCGCAUACUGCUGGCCUCGGCGCAGUUCCUGCGGAGUGUGAGAUGAAGAUGCCGGACCUCGCCGACUGGAACAAGAACACUCACUGGCUCGAAGAGAUGGCUCCCUUAUGGGAGCCGGGUACCAAGCUCAUGUACCACCCUGUGACCUUCGGCUUCCUUGUCGGCGAGGUGGUGCGUCGCAUCAGUGGCAAGACAGUCGGCACGUUCCUUCGUGAGGAGAUCGCCAAACCAUGCGGACUCGACCUGUGGAUUGGAUUGCCAGCGGAGCUCGAGCCGUGCGUUAUUCCCAUGAUGAAGAAGACAUUGCCCCAGUCGGCUGGUUCCGCUGCCCGGGCUGGACCUCCUAUCCUGCCAGCCGGUGGUACCCAACUCGAUUCAUCGGAGUCCGCCAUAAUGGGAGCAUACAAGAUUGUCUUCGAUUUCGACGGGCUCACCGCCUUCCUGGACACGCCGAGGGCCCACGAAGCAGAGAUACCUGCUGCGAACGGUAUCGGGGAUGUGCGCAUUAUCGCUAAGCUGUAUGCGCAUGUCAUCGGGGACGUCGAUGGCAAGCCUCGUAUCCUCAGCGAGGAGAUCGUCAAGGCUGCCUCCGUUCCACAGACGGAUGGCCUAGAGGUUCCUUCCCCGUUCAGUAAGAUCAUGCCUUCCACCAUGUUCCGUUUCGCACUUGGAUUCGAGAAGCCCCGUCCUGCCGUCCCUAUGCUUGGCGAGAGUAGCUUCGGCCAUUCAGGGGCGGGGGGUCGACUUGCUUUUGCAGACAUCGACUCUGGCCUUGCUGUAGGCUACUUGUGCAACAACCCAACUUGGGAACCGCCAAAUGGACCUGAUCCGAGGUGGGUCCCCUGGUUGAAGGCCCUGAAGGAUAUUGUCAAGCAAUGA